UGAACUGUAUGAUUAUUCUGGGUUACAUGGUAAAAGACUGUUGGUACCAAUGUAGAGUAUCUCAUUAUCAGGGGCGGAGUCAGGAUUUUGGUUCAGUGGGGACGAACUUAAAUAAAAAAAAAUAUUUUAAAAUAAAAUAAUAAUGAUAAUAUUAAAAUAUUUUUUUUUACAAUUGUUUCUUACAGCUUUUCAUACUAGAAAUUGCAAUUAUUUAAGAAAGUUUCAUUGAUUAUUUGAAUCUUUAGACUCGUCAUGACCACGAAAAGCUAGUUCUUGCCGUAGAAGAAGUCGAACACAAUUAAUUGAUGCAUUUAGACGAAUUUGAUAAUCACACAAUAUUUAUUCUAACUGUCUGAAAAAAACUAUCUCAAUAUUUUGCUCUUGAUUCAUUAAGGUUUCACAGUUGUUUCGAAUUUAAUUGUGUGUACUGUUAGUAUCUCCAACAUGAACUUAAAGUCUAUUUCUUUUUUUAAAUUAUUGAACCCUUCUUUUAUAAAAGAAUCAAUAUCUCCUUGUUUCUCAUUAUUUAUUUUAAAAAGAUAACAGUAUAAGUAAAAUGAGACAUCUUUGCUUAUACUAUAUUCCAAUCAAUCACCAAAUUCAUUGAAUCAAGCUGGAAUGAAUCGUAUUGAUUUCGAGACUGACAUAGACCUCUUUACAAGUAGACUCUUUUAAUUUGAUCUUGAAAAUUAACAUUAUAAUCCAUUAUUGUAGUUCUUAGCCUGGGAUCCAUAGAAAGUUGUGCAACACCAAUUUGCUCAAUACUUACUUUAUUAAUUUGUUCAUUUUCUUCAAUCUAAAUUUCCUCCAUGUUUGCUUUCUUUGUUUCACAAUUUUCUUUAAUACUUAGUUUUAUUUGCAUCAUCAUUGUAAAAAAAUAAAAUUAUGAGUAAAAAAUGUUGUCAUGGUUACUACUAGGCCAUUAUAUACUUGUUUUUUUCAAUACUUAUUUUUUUAUUUCUAGUAGUAAAAUAUAAUAUAAUUUUUUUAUUUUUAAUUAUAAAUUAUUGUAAAAAAUAAAUUUAAAAAAAAAAAUCUGCCCAGUUGCCCCCACUGGGCCUCAGGUGGCUCCGCCACUGCUCAUGAUGGCUUUAUAAUGUGAUCCAUUAGGUUGUAUGCCAGUGGAGGAAAUCCAAAUUCCUCAGCUAUCCCUGUUGCCAAAAAUGAUUUAAUUGGUCCUACACUUAGUUUUGGGUGAACAUAACAAUGUAUGCAGUAUCUGCAGCCGGCCAUAUGGAAUAUAUAGUAGCUAGAUGUCUGUUUGGUAAUGCAUGUUGAAACAAGAUUCAGUGGGGCUACCAUUUCCUGACUUAUUCUGUAACCUGUUGGUUUCAUCGUGAGAUUUGUUUGGGCUACAUGCUUGGGAACCUAUAUUAAUUUGAAUUUCAUUUUGCUGAUUACUUGAAAAACUUGUUAUUCGGAAACAAUGGAAUGCUUCCUUUCUUUCAAGCUCCUCUGUGUUUUCUUCCUUUCAAUUGGUAUCUCAGCUGUCCUUGCAGAUGAUAGAAGGCCAUACAUUAUCCAUAUGGAUAAAUCAGCAAUGCCUGCUCUAUUCUUGGAUCAUCAUAAUUGGUACAUGUCAAUUCUCUCAUCGCUCUCUUCGCUGAAUGGUGUUCUUCCAAUCCAUCUCUAUACCUACAAUCAUGUCUUGGAUGGCUUCAGUGCUGUGCUAUCUGAGUCUCAGCUGGAGCAGGUAGAGCAAAUGCCUGGUCAUGUUGCCACAUUCCCUGAUACCUUUGGGAAGCUUCACACUACGCAUACCCCAAAGUUCCUUGGCAUGGAAAAGCAUGUUGGAUUAUGGCCCCGAGCCAAUUUUGGCGAUGGCAUGAUCAUUGGCGUGAUUGACACUGGAAUUUGGCCUGAGAGCGAGAGUUUCAGAGAUGAUGGCUUGCCCCCAGUGCCAGAGAGAUGGCGUGGGGGGUGUGAAUCUGGAGUAGAGUUCAACUCUUCUUACUGUAACCGGAAACUCAUUGGAGCCCGGUAUUUUAGCAAGGGGAUGAAGGAAAGAGGCCUGAACAUAUCCACGACUGAUGACUAUGAUUCUCCAAGAGAUUAUGAAGGACACGGGACGCAUACUUCGUCCACUGCGGCUGGAAGUCCUGUUCGGGAUGCCAGUUACUUCAACUAUGCCAAGGGAACAGCAACCGGGAUGGCACCCAAGGCCCGGCUUGCCAUGUACAAGGUACUGUUUCUCAAUGACACAUAUGAAUCUGCUGCGACAGACACAUUAGCUGGGAUGGACCAGGCCAUGGCUGAUGGUGUCGACAUCAUGUCUCUGUCCUUGGGUUUCUCUGAGACUCUUUUCGACGAAAACCCGAUUGCAGUGGGAGCUUUUGCUGCCAUGGAGAAGGGGAUCUUCGUGGCUUGCUCAGCUGGAAAUGCCGGUCCUCAUGGCUAUACCAUCCACAACGGAGCCCCCUGGAUCACUACUGUUGGAGCCGGGACCAUUGAUCGCGAUUAUGCUGCUGAUAUCACACUUGGCAAUGGCAAUCUAACUGUCGGUGUCAGUGUCGGAGGUAAAUCUAUCUACCCAGAAAACUUGUUGGUUUCCAGAGUUCCCAUAUACUUCGGCAAUGGAAACAGAAGCAAAGAAAUCUGCGAUGACUACACUCUCGACCCUAAAGAGGUUACGGGGAAGUAUGUAUUCUGCGAUUUCAUCGACGAAAAUUCAGGAGUUAAUUCAUAUGAAAUAAGCAGAGCAGGGGCUGCAGGAGCCAUCUUCAGUACAGACUCCCAAAUUUUUCUCCGCCCAGCAGAUUUCUAUCUGCCAUUUGUGGCAGUGACUCGGAAAGAUGGAGAUUUGAUCAAAGACUACCUAAUCAAAACGAAGAAUGCAACUGUCAGUGUGAAGUUUCAGAUAACAGUGCUGGGUUCUACGCCUGCUCCCAUGGUGAUGUGGUUCUCCUCCCGAGGACCGGACCUUAAAUCGCCAUGGAUUUUGAAACCGGAUAUACUGGCUCCCGGAGUAGACAUAUUAGCUGCAUGGGCACCUAACAGAGGAAUUGCACCUAUCGGGAAUGACUACUUGCUCAGUGAUUUCGCGAUUGUUUCUGGCACGUCCAUGGCGUGCCCCCAUGCUGCUGGUGUGGCAGCGCUGCUGAAAGCAGUCCACAAGGACUGGAGCCCGGCUGCCAUUCGAUCAGCCAUGAUGACCACAGCAUAUGUUGUUGACAAUACCAAUGGGUCAAUCAUAGAUAUGACCACGGGAGUUGCUGGGACUCCUCUUGACUAUGGGGCAGGGCACAUAGCCCCUGGCAAGGCCAUGGACCCAGGACUUGUAUAUGACAUAGAAGCAGAGGACUACGUCAACUACUUGUGUGGAAUGAACUACACAACAAAGCAGAUCAAAGUCAUCACCAAGAGAUCAAAUGUUAGCUGUGAUCAAGCCAGCCUUGACCUCAACUAUCCUUCUUUUAUGGUCAUCCUCAACAACACCAACACUACGAGUUACACGUUCAACAGGGUGCUGACAAAUGUAGCAGAUCGUGGCUCAGUCUACCAGGCGGUGCUGAAAGCUCCGUCCGGCAUGAAAGUCACCGUGGAGCCACCGACAGUAGCCUUUUCCGGGAAAUACAGCAGGGCCAGUUUCACCAUGACAGUGGAGGUUAACGUUGGAGAUGCCAACCUAGAAAGUGAUGACAUAGUGAACCAUGGGUGUCUAACGUGGAAUGAGGUCAAUGGCAAGCAUGCAGUGAGGAGCCCUAUUGUUGCAGCUUAUGCACCUUAAUAAGAGGUAAAUAAAUGGUUUAUAACCAAGUAAUCCCCGCUAGGUUGUCUCUUCUUUACGUGUUUUGCACUAGCAGCUGGGUUAUAUAUUGGGUAUGCAUAUGAAUCUCUUUACCCAGAAGAUAGUCCAUUUUUGUGUCAGCUCUGCCUGAUGAUCCUUCAGCAGCACCUGCACUUAGUUCUAAAUUUUAGCUCUUCAGCUUUUGUUUAGAAUUUAUAUUAAAAGAUAAAACAAUUUUUAUGUUUGAC